AUGCCGUGGCUGCUGUCUUCUCCGCCGGAAGCAACGUCCUCCUCCUCGCCCUCCCAGCGGCAUUGCGAGCGCACCGCCUUCGCCUUCUACUGCGCGGUGCGGGAGCAGCUUCCCGUGUGGCUGCUGGAGGACAUGCGCAGUAUGGAAGUCUUUUUCUGGGAGGACGGCCGUCCCCGCUCCGUCUCGCCCUCCGACGCGCUGAUGUACGCGCUGGUGCACGACCACCGUGAUUACGCUCGCUUCCUGCUUGCCGGCUUCUCUGUGAACGCGCUCCGUACGCCACGCUGCGGUGUGUGCCACGGCAACGGGUCGGCACACCUGCACGUCGCUGUGCGCUACAACCGCCGCGCCAUCCUCGGCCUGAUAGUGGACACGCUGCGGGAUUUGGCGCCAGAAGGCUGGCGGCGGGAAUACCUCAACAGCUGCGGCGGCUGCGCGCACGGGGCCGACGCGGGAAAGACAGCGGUGCAGCUAGCGGUAGAACUGUCGCGUGGCGACUGUCUGCUGCCGUUACUUGUGCACGGAGCGCAACCGCACGGUCUGGACGCUGCGCUGUUGAGACUGGCUGGCGUGCACGGCAGAGACCACAGUGAUGCGCGGCACUGCCUCGAACUGCUUCUGCUCUUUGUGUCGGAGCCGGUGCGCCGAUUGCGGGACGAACAGCAGCGCUGGCAAAGAAUCCUGGGAAAGGACGUGUUCAGCUGGCUGAGCGGUCAGGCGCCGCCCCCAUUGCUGCUCCAGGCUCUCAGGACUAUAGCCCGUUGUGUUCCAGGUCAAAUCCCCCACUUGCCGGCUUUCCUGCAGCCACACGGCCAGGUGGGACCGGACGUUCCCUUGCCGUGGAAACCAAGUGAGACACGAUGAUUAUUGCUGACUUCUUAGGACCUUUUCUUUCUUGUGUAA